AUGCCUCCUUAUCCUACACCGAGACGCAUCCUGAUGGCUCUAGGUAGAGUGCGGUCGAACCGGUCUUCAGGCUCGAAGCUAGUCUUCUUCGAUGUCUCGUAUGAAGGCGAGACAGUACAGGCAAUGUGCAACUUCCGGGCGCUUUCAGAAGCGGGGGUAAGCCGCGAGGACUUCCAGAAGUUUAAGCAGAUUUUGCGGAAGGGGGAUUCUGUUUCUGUUACCGGACACCCUACCAGGACAUCAUCUGGCGAGCUCACCGUGCUCGCCACGGAGCUGCCUCAGAUCUUGAGCCCGCUGAUCCAACAGAUUCCGGAAACUCUCACCGAUCCCGAAACGCGGGCCCUUCAUCCUCAUAUCGACACCCUGGUCAACCAGGAGCCACGAGACGUCACUGUCCUGAAACAUCUCAUAAAGAGACGAAUAGAAAGCUUUCUGGAAAACGACGGAUUCAUCGGGGUUAAUACACCACUUUUGGAGGCUCGAGCGGGGGGUGCUAUAGCUCGACCUUUCGAGACGAGGGCGACCGAGUUCCCGAAUACGCCAAUUAGUCUUAGAAUAGCCCCCGAACUAUAUCUUAAGCGGCUGGUCAUCGGUGGCUUUGACAAGUUGUACGAGAUGGGACCAGCUUUCAGGAACGAAGGUAUCGAUGCGACUCACAACCCCGAGUUCACCAUCUGCGAGUUCUACGAGACAUUUGCCACGCUCGAGGAUCUGAUCCUGAAAACCGAGACUCUUUUCCGAGAACUCGACUCCUACGUCCGCACUCUCAAAACCACCAAACUCAACUCCCUCGACCAACUCGAGGACAUCGACUUCACCUCCCCUUUCGCUCGCCUCCCCUUCAUCCCCACCAUCGAAGCCGCAAUCCACCGCCAACUUCCCGACCUGCGCUCUCCCUCCGCCACCACAGACCUCAAAUCCCUCUUCGCCGACCUCGACAUCCCGCUCCCCGCCCACCCGACGCUCCCCCGCCUCCUCGACGCCCUAGCAGCCCGCUACAUCGAACCCCUCUGCAUGCAACCGACCUUCAUAACGCAUCACCCCGAGAUCCUCUCCCCUUUGUCCAAAUCCUUCCUCGACCCCUCGACUUCCCAGCACGUCGCCGCGCGCGUCGAGCUCUUCAUCCGCGGCCACGAGUACGUGAAUGCGUACGAGGAGGAGAACAGCCCGUUUGAGCAGCGGCGGAAGUUUGAGGAGCAGGCGCGGUGGAGGGAGCUGGAUGGUGAGGUUGUUGGAGGGUUUGGUAGGAGGGCGGGGAUCGAUGAGGGAUAUUUGGAGGCGCUGGAGUUUGGGUUGCCGCCGACGGGGGGUUGGGGGUGUGGGGUUGAUAGGUUGGUUAUGCUGUUUGCGGGGGUUGGUAGGAUUGCGGAUGUACUGCCGUUUGGGACGUUGAGGAAUGUUGUUGCGUUGGGGCAGGCAGGCAGGAGGAGAUGA